AUGUAUGGGACCAAGCUGCCGGGAGAGGCGGCGCUGGGCGGCCCCGGCCAGCGCGAGAGCAAGCACAUCAACAUCAUCGAGGUGGGCGACGAGACGGGCGGCGUGACGUACCGCGACUCCGCCUACGAGUCGCACCGCGUCUCUCAGCUGACCGGCAUGGCGCUCGACAACUUCCGCAUGAUCGCCGGGCUCGGCCGCGGACACUUCGGCAAGGUGAUCCUCACCCAGUACCGGAACACGGGCGAGUACUACGCCGUCAAGGCGCUGAAGAAGGCCGACAUCAUCUCGCGGGACGAGGUCGAGUCGCUGCUGGCCGAGAAGCGCAUCUUCGAGGCGGCCAACUCAGUGCGCCACCCGUUCUUGGUCAACCUCUUCAGCUGCUUCCAGACGGAGAGCCACGUGUGUUUUGUGAUGGAGUACGCGGCCGGCGGGGACCUGAUGAUGCACAUCCACUCGGACGUGUUCUCCGAGCCGCGGGCCGUCUUCUACGCCGCCUGUGUGGUGCUCGGUCUGCAGUACCUGCACGAGAACAAGAUCAUCUACAGGGACCUGAAGCUGGACAACCUGCUGCUGGACACGGACGGCUACGUGAAGAUCGCCGACUUUGGCCUCUGCAAGGAGGGCAUGGGCUACGGCGACCGCACAGGCACCUUCUGCGGCACGCCCGAGUUCCUGGCGCCCGAGGUGCUCACCGAGCAGACGUACACGCGCGCCGUCGACUGGUGGGGCCUGGGCGUGCUCAUCUUCGAGAUGCUGGUGGGCGAGUCGCCGUUCCCCGGCGACGACGAGGAGGAGGUGUUCGACAGCAUCGUCAACGACGAGCUGCGCUACCCGCGCUUCCUGUCGCUACAGGCCAUCGCCAUCAUGCGUCGGCUGCUGAGGAAGAACCCGGAGAGGCGUCUGGGCGCCAGCGAGCGCGACGCCGAAGACGUGAAGAAGCAGACCUUCUUCAGCGGCGUCGGCUGGGAGGAGCUGCUGGCCCGCCGGGUGCGGCCACCCUUCGUGCCAACCAUUAAAACGCUGGAGGACGUGUCGAACUUUGACGAGGAGUUCACGUCAGAGCGUGCCGUGCUGACGCCGCCCAAGGAGCAGCGACCGCUGACGGCGCCCGACCAGCUCCUCUUCAGGGACUUCACGUACAUGGCCGACUGGUGCUAGCUGCGCCGCGCGCGGCCCCGCACGCUCAAGCAGUCCGCCAGCUCCCUCCCCGAGCCCCUGC